UUAAUAAUUCCCACUGAUUUGAGUGACGAGAGGCCUCCAAAAGCUGGCUUGAAGAAACGAAGCUUGACGCUAACGAGCAACAUGCCAGAAUCGCUUAUUAGGUGUAACCUUCCCAAGGAAUACUACAGUUGAGUUAAGAAAAACCUCGUGUUAGUACAGAGGCAUGGCCGAUAUCAAAGCUGAAAGCUCAUCGCCGACGUCCGACAAGGCGAAAUACCUUCACCACUUCGAAGGCAUCCUGGUGGGCGACAUGUUCGAAGAGUCGCGGCUUCGAUCAGCGUUUCGUUACAAGCCCAGGGAGGAGGACGUGUUCGUCGUGGGCUUCCCGAAAACAGGCACCACGUGGCUUCAUUUCGUGCUGCAACGCAUCUUGAACCAUGCGAGCGAAACACCCGCACAGAGCGCCGCGACGUGCUUGCCUAACGUCGCCUUCCUGGAAUUCGCUGGUGGCGAGAAGGUUGAGAAGUUAUCCAGGACCCCGGGACUACCACUGGUGAUCAAGACGCAUCUGCCCUACGAGAAGGUGCACUUCUCGGACAAAUCUAGGUAUGUCUACGCGCUUCGGAACCCGUACGACACCUGCGUGUCGUACUACCACCAGGUGCAACAAAAAGCCCCAGGUUGCGGUGACCUGACCUUCGACGAGUUCUUCGAGCAGUUCAUAGACGGAUGGAUUCACCCGGACGAUUACUUCGAUCACCUGGCGUCCUGGUUCGCGCACAAGGCGAGACCUAACUUUCUGUGCGUAGCGUACGAGCACAUGAAGAAAGAUCCUCGUUCGGGUAUUCAAAAAAUCGCUGCGUUUCUCGGAAAGGAAAUCAGCGACGAUGCAGCACUGGAUGAAAUCGUACAGACCGUAUCUCCGGAUGUUAUGAAAAGAGCCUUCGCCGAAGCCCUUUCUGCAAGGCAACAGGAGAAGUCUGUCAAAGGCCGUCCCCCGAACGGAGCUUUAGACAACUCGUCCGACGGAGUUAGCAAGCUCAAAGGAGGAAGCCUCGUGAGGACAGCGACUGUCGGCGACUGGAAAAACCAUUUUUUGGCCUCUCAAAUUGACCGUAUGAAGGCCAAAAUGGCAUCCAAGACUGUCGGCUUUCGAACAGAUCUGGAGGUUUUGUGGAAGGACGCCAAUCUGCCGUGAAUGGUCUAUUGAGUAUGCACCACAAAAAAAAAACAAUUCAGCAAUUUCACGCAUGCCCACAUGCAUCCAUCUGGAAUAAAUUUCGGUUAAGAAUAUCAAUAAUAA